AUGGAUCAUCAUUUGUAUAUGUUUACAUUUUGUAUUACAAUCUUAUUUCGUUCACAAUCUUCGGAUGAUGAUGAUAUUGAUCGUCUAAAUCGCAAAUUUACGGUCUAUCUUCUCAUUGCACUUUCCGUUAUCGCAGGUUCACGAUUAUUUUCCAAUAAUAUCUCGUCGUUAAUAUCUUGUUGGAACCGAGCGAACUUUCCUUCCGCUUAUAUUACCUACACGAAUUAUAUCUGUUUUACUACACAUGUCUAUCGAUUAGGUUUUAAUGAAUCAAUACCAAACUCUAUAAAUGACAGGAAAGCUCGGGUAUUGAAUUAUUAUCAAUGGACGCCGUUUAUCAUCUUAUUAAUGGCAUUGUUCUUUUAUUUGCCACGUUUAUUCUGGCGAUCGUUGAGUGUUCGUUCGGGUAUUGAUCUUCUCGAUAUCAUUGAAGCUGCUGGUGAAACCAGAACAGUGAAGGAUUUUGACGAUCGCGAUGAAUUGAUCAAAUAUAUAGUUGAUACUAUCGAUAUGUAUGUCGACGACGCACGUCGACAAGUUUAUGCAGAAAAACGACAAGCAUCAUUAAUAAAAAAAUUCUUUCAACUACUCUGUUGCACGACUGGUAAAUUCUUGGGGAAUUAUUUUAUUACUCUUUAUAUAUUUAUAAAAAUUUAUUAUAUAUUGAAUGUUAUAUUGCAAAUCUGGUUACUCGGUCUUUUUCUUGGUACGAAUUUCUUAAAGUUCGGUUUUGAAAGUGUGAAGUUAUUUCGUUAUGGUCUCAAUCAACCGGAAUCGCAGUACUUUCCUCGAGAAACUUUCUGUGAUUUUCACGUUCGUGAACCACUACGCGGAGGAGAGCCACUACAGAGAAUUACUGUUCAAUGUGUUUUGACUGUGAAUCUUUUCAAUCAGCAAAUUUUUACAUUACUAUGGAUUUGGUAUGUUUUCGUGUUGAUAUGCAAUGUAUGUGCGUUGACAUCUUGGUCGGUGCGGCUUGCUUCUUCCACUCGACAAUUCGAUUUCAUUCAUUCUCGUCUUGCUCGAACAUCGCGACCUGAAAUUCCACGUUUCCGCUUCAACUAUAAAUACGUUACACCUGAAGUCGGUGAUCAUGUUCAGAGGAAACUGGUUGAAGCAUUUCUAAAUGAUUAUCUCGAAGCUGAUGGUUAUUUCUUCAUACGUUUGUUAGCAGCGAAUGCAUCUGAUUUCAUCGUUCAGGAAGUUCUUGAACAAUUGUGGUCGACUUACGUGAAAAAAUAUGGUGAAACCGAUGCUUUGCGUGCUCAAGAGGAGUACUUUGCCUUUCGAGGAGAUAUGCCUCGAGGUACGCUAAUGACUCAACUAUCAGCGCCUGCAAAAUAUUCCGAGUCAGCACCUGAUUCGAGAUUGAAAUAUGAUAGGCAACAUUCUGAUCUUCGAGUAGGACUGUUACGAGCAACGACUGCGUACAGUCCGGAGCUCUCGCACGAAGUUUAA